AUGACGAAUCUGACCGGCGCUUCGAAUCGGUAUCCUCUCUCUCGUUUACAUGGGGGGAAGGUAGGGCACACCGGUGUCACAGGCGAUUUGAUACCGUAUCUCGAAGCGACGUUGCGACGACCAUCAACGUCGAUGACUGGCGCAAGUGCGCAACAACGUCCGGCCAUCCAGCCUCUUCCACGGUCGUCAAAUCGGAAAAAAGAAUGCGGUCCAAUGUUACGAGAUCUAGCCAGGUCCUUGCAACAGAUCACGGUCUCGUGCAAUCAUGAUCGAGACGCCUUUGGUGACCGGUCUUGGCUUGGUGUUUUGAACUUUGCAACGUGGACUGCCCAGGUCGAAUCUUGCCGUGAUGCAUCUAGGUCACUUGUGAAUCGAGACUCUUUAGUCCAGGAACGGGAGGUGGUGGCUGAAACCACCGGAAAGCAAGGCCCAAGUCUCCGGUAG